AUGGGUUGUGAUUGUCGUAGUCCAAUAAAUUGUUAUGAUGACGCAACACGAUACAAAACUAUUCUUGUAAGUAAUGAUAUUUCGAAAGGUACUUCGGAUACAAAGAGUUUUCUUAUACCAAUUCUAUUAUUUGAUUUAAUUGCCUCAGUUCCAAUAAUAAUAUGUGAUAUUAUUUAUGUGGUAAUGCGUCAUUGUGUUCAACCAUUAGUUCAUGGACACAGUUCUUAUCCAUGUUUAUGGAAUUUUGGGACGAUGACAUGUAUUCGAAUCGAUUGUCAUCAUGAACGACCACAAACUAUUUUACUGAUGCGUAAUGCCGACAAAUUUCGAGAUUCAAGAGGUGAAAAAGGAAAUGAUUGUAAAUCAAACAGUCUUCAUCAUCAUUUAUUGUAUCAUACACUUGAAUCGGAACAUGAUAUUGAUUUAGAAACAUUGUCAAAUAACGAAAAAAAAUCUUUCAUUGCUUUUUAUGAAACAACUAGACAAGAAGCAUUAGAUAUUGCUCAAAAUGGAUUUCCCUAUGGAGAUACUACUAAUACAGGAUAUAAAGAUUAUUUGCAUCUGAAACAAAGUAUUUUUUUUAUACGUUCAUGUAAAAGAGGAGGUUCUUCGCCUACAGAAGCGAUUAUAUGUGUUCGACUCAAUUUAGGACGAACAUUAGUAAUAACUGGUGAUACAAAUCCGAAUCUUAAUGAUUAUUUUGGACUUGGCGAUGGAAAAUGUGAUACAGUUUAUGUAAGAAAUACACGUCGGUUUUGUCUUCAAAUGCCAGGUCAAAUUGAAAAAUGGAUUAUUACAAUUAAUACUGGUGUUCCAGUUAAUGACAAUCUCGAUGGAGAUUUUUAUGUAGGUUGUCCUUAA